AUGCGCUUAGGCCUCUUGUUGGCAUUAGGGUGUGUUCUGGAGCCCAGAUUUACCAUAUCACCAGCUGAACAUGAAAAUCCAAACCAAGUAAUUUUGUCGAUUCCACUGAAGGCUCCACCGUAUCGUCCGGUAGUAGUGUGGCACGGACUCGGGGACAACUACAACUCGUCGGGAAUGAUCAAAACUGGUGAAAUCAUCGAAAACAAGUACCCUGGAAUCGUUGUCCAUCGUGUAAGUCUUGAUACGGAUCCACUGAAAGACCAACAAAAGUCACUUGUAGGCGACGCUUGGGAUGAGUUAGAGUCAGUUUGCGAGCAGAUAGGAUCAAUUCCGGAACUUGAGCAUGGUUUCGACAUGAUAGGUUUCUCCCAAGGAGGACUAUUUGCUCGAGCCUUAGUACAAACCUGUCCCAAUGCUACUGUAACGAACCUUAUAACUUUUGGUUCACCCCAUAUGGGGGUACUGGAGCUUCCUAAAUGUGCCAAUGAGAGAGAUUGGCUUUGUAAACGACGCAAUGAGCUUUUGAAGAGACAAGUGUGGCACGAUCUGGUUCAGCAUACAGUGAUACCGGCGCAGUAUUUUCGAGAUACUCAUGAUUACCAAAAGUACGUUUGCCGCUCGAGAUUCUUGGCUCCCAUCAACAAUGAAGCUGACGAAAAGCACUUAGAGUACAAGGAGAGACUCGGAGAGCUAGAAAAGUUUGUCAUGGUAGAAUUUGGCCAAGAUACCACUGUCAAUCCCAAAGAAAGUGCGGUGUUUGGAGAAAUAGAUCCAUUUUCCGGCAACGUUAUUCCCAUGGAACAGACCAAUUUGUACAAAGAGGACAACCUUGGUCUCGAGAAAAUGAACCACGAAGGAAAAUUGACCUUUUUGCGAGUGGACGGAGAGCAUAUGGAUAUACCCGAGGAAUUUUUCACAGGGUUGGUGGAGCAGUAUUUGGGAAAUUAG